AUUAGUGUGUCCUUGUGACAGAUGUUUGUGGUUAAACGUGGGUUUCUGUGGCACUGCCGUUAAAACUCUGUGGACCUCCUCUCUCUCCUCCCUCUCCCUCCGUUCACUCCGCUGUAUUCCGCUCACUCCUCUCAGUCGCGGUUAACGGGCGUACAGUAGCCAGAGCAGCGUACGGCUUUAACGGCGGAGCGGCUCGGGAUCUCCCCGCCAUUUCCUCGUGUCGAGUCCUGGAAUGUCGAGUAGCGGCUCGGGCUCUUCCUCGCGGAAGGAGUUCGAUGUGAAGCAGAUCCUGAGGAUCCGAUGGAGGUGGUUCGGUCACCCCGCGGUGCCUCCGCCUCACUCCCCGCCGCUCGGAGACUACUUCGCCGGGAGGAGAACGGGCGGCAGCUCCGGAGACGGACCUUCAGUUAGCGGCUGUAGCAACUCGAAUUCAGUCGGUGUAAACCCCAGCGGAGGGGGUCACAGUGGUCUGGUGGCCAGCGGCAGCGCCGGGUCUAACCUGUGUAACGGCAGCAGCAGAAAGUUUGCUGAUCCGGCGGGGAGUCGGGGCGGUCCGGGAGGAGCGGCAGCUGGAGCGACGGGGAGCUCCUGUCCCCGCUCCUUCAGCCAGCCGGAGUGCAGAAGUUCCUCCGCUGCGCUGUCGUGGGUCUCCCCGCCGCCUCACCGUCGGUCCCGCCCGUUGACGAGCAUGGACCCCACCGGCGAGGCCCCGGUGCCGCAACUGGCACCUGAGCCCUCCGCUCAUGCCGGGGCGGAGGAGGAGGAGGCGGCGGCAGCGGCGGCGGCGGGGACCGAGGAGAACAACAACCAUCCGGAAACCGACUCCAGCUCCUGCAGGACGUCUAACAGCAGCGCCACGCUGUCGUCGUGCGUGUCGAUGGAGCCGUGUGCAUGUCCAGAGGAGUGUAUGUUCACAGCUCUGUCCCACGCUGAUGUCACCUUUCGCAAGAUGGAGGGUUACCUGAGGACCAGACAGCUGUGUGACGUCAUACUGGUGGCUGGAGACAGACGGAUACCUGCACACAGACUGGUCCUUUCAUCAGUGUCAGAUUACUUUGCGGCCAUGUUCACCAGUGAUGUGCGGGAGGCCAAGCAGGACGAGGUGAAGAUGGAGGGAGUGGACCCUGAUUCAUUGUGGGUCCUGGUGCAAUAUGCAUACACAGGCCGCCUUGAGUUGAGGGAGGACACCAUUGAGUCUCUGCUGUCAGCCUCCUGCCUGCUGCAGUUGUCAUCUGUGGUCCAGGCCUGCUGUUCUUUCCUCAUGAAGCAGCUCCACCCCUCCAACUGUCUCGGCAUCCACUCCUAUGCCGACGCUCAGGGUUGCCACGACCUGCAGAGGGCCGCUCAUGCCUACACCAUGGAACACUUUCUGGAGGUAGUCGGAGGCCAGGAGUUCCUGUUACUCCCAGUGGAGGAGAUAGAAAGGCUGCUCACAUCGGAUGAUAUUAACGUGCCCGAUGAGGAAACCGUAGUAACCUCUUUGCUAACCUGGGUCAGCCAUGAUGCCCCCACUCGGCAACGCCACCUCCCCUUGCUGCUGGCUCAUAUCAGACUGCCGCUGCUGCAGCCACAGUUCUUGGCAGACCUGGAGACCAAUCCUCUCCUGCGGGACAGUGUCGAGUGUCAACGGCUCCUGAUGGAGGGGAUGAAGUAUCACCUUUUGCCCCAGCGCCGGCCCCUGCUUCAGAGCCCUCGCACCCGGCCCCGCAAAGCCACUGUGGGAGCCAUGUUCGCUGUGGGGGGAAUGGAUGCUACGAAAGGAGCCACGAGCAUCGAGCAGUACUGUCUGCGUCGGGACACGUGGCGGCAGGUCGCCACCAUGAGUGGGCGGAGACUGCAGUUCGGUGUAGCUGUCCUCGACGGCCGUCUCUAUGUAGUCGGAGGCCGAGAUGGACUCAAGACCCUCAACACUGUGGAGUGUUACAACCCACAUAGCAAAACCUGGAGCGUCAUGCCUCCAAUGUCCACACACAGGCACGGCUUAGGUGUGGCCGUCCUAGCGGGGCCCAUGUAUGCAGUGGGAGGACAUGACGGCUGGAGCUACCUCAGUACAGUGGAAAGGUGGGACCCCCAAGCUCGCCAGUGGAGCUUUGUUGCUAGCAUGGCUACACCCCGAAGCACAGUGGGAGUCGCUGUUCUCAAUGGCAAACUGUAUGCAGUUGGAGGUCGUGACGGCUCGUCCUGCCUGCGCUCAGUGGAGUGUUUCGACCCCCACACCAACAGGUGGAAUGGUUGUGCUCCGAUGGCUAAAAGGCGUGGAGGUGUGGGUGUGGCCACAUGGCACGGCUUCCUGUAUGCCAUUGGCGGUCAUGAUGCUCCAGCCUCAUCCCUGGCAUCUCGGUUAAGCGACUGUGUGGAAAGGUAUGACCCUCAGACAGAUGUGUGGACAGCUGUAGCCCCCAUGAGCAUCAGCAGAGAUGCUGUUGGUGUUUGUCUCCUUGGCGACCGACUGUACGCUGUGGGUGGAUACGAUGGGCAGGUGUAUCUCAAUACUGUGGAAGCUUAUGACCCUCAGACGAAUGAGUGGACACAGGUACUGCACAGAGACACACACAGGAACGACCGCAUUUUGUUUAAUAAGAUCUACUUCCUUCUAGUACACAUCUGCAUCUGCUCCUAUGUGCACCGACACGAUGUAGUUCAACAAAAAACAAGUAAGAAACCUUAAUGUACACCUGUAAAGUUGUUCUAUAAACAUAUGGUCACAGUUUGACCUUCUUCCAGCUCCUUUCCCAUGUAUCUUGCUUUGUUUCCAUUGUUAUGCAAAUGUAUGUUUUCCUCAUGCUAAUAUUGUCCUUGCUGCUGCAGCAGUAGGAGGUAGAGGGGACUGUUUCAGAGUUGAACAAUCUCAUUGAGCAGCUUCAGGUCUUUAUCACACCUCAGUUUAUAUCCCAUCUCCUGCAUAGCCUCAGAGGAUUUUCAACCAAAGUUGCCUAAAAUAUGCCGUUUUAGAGACACAUGCACCAUGCUGAGAGCAGGAGAGGUGCAGGUGGGCGGAUACAGAGUACAGAAAACUGCUCAAAACCGCCGCAGAGGGGUGCCCGUAUAGCUUAACGCGUUGAGCGGGCGACCCAUGUACAGGGGCUGGUCCCUGACGCAGCUGGCCCGGGUUCGAUUCCCGCUCGCGGCCCUUUGCUGCAUGUCUUCCCUCGACUCUUCUCCCCUGUUUCCUGUCUCUCUCUCUCACUGCGCCUAUCUAAUAAAGCCGACAAAAAGGCCAAAAAAAUAACUUUAAAAAAAAAAAAAAAAACGCCACAGAGGGAGGAGAACUAGCUGAGAUGAGAGGGGACAUGUUGAGACCAUUAAAUGUGUCCUGAAUCCACUGUCAGAAACUGAUAACCAAUAAACCAGUGGGUGUAUUGUCUGUCCUGUUCUAGUAGUCUAGUGUUUUCUUCUUCUCCUGCUUGUUUUAACACAAAUCUGUCAAUCUUGGUGACUCCAAAACAGAUAACAUGGGUGGUAAGUUUAUGUUUAAAAUGAGACACACAGUUUUCUUUAUUUUGGGUCCACUAGUAUCCAGCUGUUGUAUUUAUAAUGUUACCAAAUUAAUAAGACUGCAUUUAGUCAACUAAGCAUUUCAGUAUACAUAGUUAAAACCCUGCUUAUUCUGAGUGUGCCGCUAUACUCAAAGUACAAACUUCAACAGAUGCCCAGUGCAGCCUUUUAACCAUGACAGUGUACUGAGGCUGUCAGUGUUGUGCUGCACUGUUCACCUGAGGGCUACACUGUCACUUGCUGCUACUGCUGUUCUUAACCCACCUCCAGUCGAGCAUGCACCUGUCGGCUGUAAAGUUCUGUUCCCCAAGAGGUGCAGACUUAUUAUCAUCGCUUCCUACUUCCUGCUGAUCUGAGCUCAGUGUUUCAAUGUGAGAUGUGUCUGUCAUAACGUCGGAAAUUAACGCUGAACAUAGCCUGCAUUCACAUAGUAAUCCGUUCUGGAUAUCACAUAACUGAGGAUAUUAGUGGUUGUAAAAAUGUAGUGCCUAUGUAUGACCACUCAUAUGAUGUAGCAUUUUAAAAAAUCACUAAAACUACACCAUAUUAUUAGUCAGAAACUGUAAAACCAGAAAGAAUCGUCAGAUUUUUCACGUUUCGAUGGUCCUUGAUCUGUGAUAUAGACAUCUAAGCUUAUAAUUGUGACAUUUUAUCAACAUCACUUUAUUCUAUGUGUCUAAUCUUCAAAAAAAUGCCAAAACCAAACAGUUUGAUACAAGAUUGUAUAAAAUGUAAAGAUUUUGUCACCCUCGACUCAACUGUGAAUCCGUAAGUGACUCUGUUGCAACCAAGAGUCACGCUAAAAACUCUAUUCAGCUGAACUGCACUUUGUUUACAUAGGCGCUAAAUCCUUUUCUUUCCCUGACGAGUAUUGACAUGUGAGAUUUAGCUGCUCAUCAGAAAGAACUUAAGUCUUCUAUGCGUUAUUUUUUUUAACCCUGUUGACUGCAAGAAAUCCAGUGCCAUGGAGUUAUUAUGUAGGCCUUUGUGUAGCGAUAUAAUCCUAUGAAAGAAACUGAUUGAAGUGCUAAAGCCUUGUACUUGCUGACCUUAUAAGAUCUGCAGUGAGCCUACUUAGUCUGAAUUAUGUUUUAAUAUUUCUUCUUUACUUGCUCCCAGACGUUUACCACCAGCAGGGCUGCAUCUGAAAUAAUAUGAGGCGAGAAUUAUCUUACAUACUAUGAGAUCAGGCUACAUCUGAGCAACACAUCAAAUGGCAUGUACAAUUGUAAUUAAUCAAAUCGACUCAUGCUUUGUUAGUGUUUUUACAGUAUUUUUUACCACCUUUCUUUCCUCUGGCUGCAGCAGAUGUGUUAUGUUUAGCCUGGAUUAUAUUUUGAAACUCUGCAUAGUGGUUUAGGAUUAUUUUUUGUUCUUCUUGUGAGAAAUAUGCAGCUUUAGACAUCUUCAUGUUUGCUAGUGGUCAUCUCCUCCCAACACUGCCUUAUUUAUAUGAACUCACUCAUGGCUAGAUUCAGAAACCCUGGGUUGACUUCACGGUAGGGCUGCAGCUAUCAGUUAUUUUAGUAAUCGAGUAUUCUAUUUAUUAUUCUGGUGAUUAAUUGAGUAACCGGAUUCUGUGCUUGGCAUGCGUGUUACAGCAUUAAAAGUGGAAGUGAGCGCGCUGUGCAACAGAAAUAACCGUCAUGAUAGAACACAGGCUAACAUCUGCGGUGUAUUUAAAUAUAUAGUAUAGUACAGGUGUAUUGUACAUAUAUAGUAUAGUACAUGUAUAGUAUAGUACUAUACUAUAUAGUAUAGUACUAUACUAUACUAUAGUACUUAGUAAUUGAAUUACUCAAAUAACUCGAGGAAUCGUUUCAGCCCUGCUUAACGGGUUAAUACCAGCUUCAAGCCAACACUUACUGUGACUCAAUUGUUAGACUUUCUAAAGCCAGAUAAAAAAACCACAUCCUGGGUACGUUACAUCUGUUUCAUCCCCUAAGGAUGUCAUCUUUCAACUCCAACUGAAAGCAUGAAAAUUAUGAUUUCACAUGAUUUAUAGUCCUACACAAUCCACAGCUGUACCUGUUGUUGUCCAGCUGUGACUGUGAUUCUUGUGUUUCCU